UCCCUUUGAAAACUCGUCAUAGGAAGAAGAAGACUAGAUUACUUACCUCUAUUGUCGAAAGUGUGAAAAAAUAAAAUGAUUAAAAUACAUUGAAAAAAACCAAGAAAAUAGUUAUUUUUUAGAAUUUUUUACACAUUUUUUUACUCGGCUUUUAUUACACAAACUUCCACAAAGAAGUCAAAAAUAUAAUACCAAAAAAUAUGAAUAUACAUGACGAUAAACGGCAACCUCCAGUGCAAGCAAUUAAACAAUUAUCGCGAGACGAAGAUGAUGAUGAUGAAAUGGAACGUAUUCCUAGGCCACCACCACCAGUAGCCUCAAGGACACGUUCACAACCGCAGCCGACACCACAACAACAGCAGCAUUCGCUUAAUUCUCGUGCCAGUUCGACCACCGAAGAGCCCGAACCCGAUUCCAGAUAUGAAUGUGCAAUUUGCAUGAAUUGGUUGAAUGAGCCAGUUUUGACAUCGUGUGGUCAUCGUUUUUGUAAAUCAUGUCUGCACUCUUGGCUGAGGAACAAAAGUCAAUGGUGUCCCAUGGAUAAUAAAAAGAUAACAGAUAAAGACAUAUUUCCAGAUAAUUACACGAAAAGAGAAAUUGAACAGAUCCAAUUGAAAUGCCCUCACUUGGGUAUGGGCUGUGAUUAUGUGUCGUCACCUUUGGAAAUGGAACGUCACAAAUUUAACUGCCCCUACCGUGGCGAUGAUGAGCCGGCUGAGGAAAAAUGUCCAUUUGCCAGUAUUAAAUGUGAAUUUGUGGGAAGGCCAGAGACCAAUGCUUUGGAGGUGCAUCUUAAGGAAGAUAUGCCCCACCAUUUGCAGCUGAUGCUAAGAAGCCUGCAAAAUACAGCCAUCUCUACAUGGAAUCCCCAAAAACCACAGAAAUCAAAUGGACAAACAAAUGGUCAUGCGGGUGGAUCAAGUGGUGUACCUCCUCCACCACCGCAAUAUGCCAACGGUGCUGAAGAACAACUAAUACAGGCUAUGUAUCAGCGCAUUGUGGUCUUGGAACAGAGGGCCUGUGAACAGGAUGUUAAAAUCGAAAAUCUAAACAAGCAGCUUUCACUACAACGCACUCAAGUUGAUCCUCGCUACUCCAUGGGCACCAUACUCUGGGAAAUAGUAAAUUUCCACAACUUAAUUGAUCAUCUCAGGGCGAAUACCAAUAACUUGGUCUAUUCGCGUGAAUGUUAUACCUCACCGUAUGGUUAUAAGUUUUGUGCACGUCUCAAUAUCCAACCAAAAAAUCCACAUCUCCUUAGCCUACAUGUCCAUCUGAUGCAGUCGGAAAACGAUCAUCAUCUGGAAUGGCCAUUUAUAGGACGCAUUCGUUUGUGUAUGGUCCAUCCACGGGAUAUGAAACUAUCACAACAUGAUACGAUCAUGACUAAACCGGAAAUUUUGGCAUUUCAUCAGCCAAAGGAGCGGAUCAGUACACGGGGAUUUGGCUUUGUGGAAUAUGCCAAUAUAACGGAUAUUAUUAAGCGGGGAUUCUGUGAAGAUGAUCGUCUAUUGAUUAAAAUACAAAUCAAUAUGGUGUAAGAUAAAUAAUAACAUCCAAGCAUCACAUACUACAUGUACACGUACAAUUUUUCUCCAACUGCAUUUGUUAUUGCAAUUUGAAGUCUUCCCAAUAAGCUCAAAUGAAUUCAUUCAAGAAUCAAGCAAUAAAUAACUCAAACUACCUAUAAAGGACUUGAAAAUAUGGAUAAAUAAAAAAAGCAAAAUGCAAAUAAAACGAAAUAAAAUACAGGAAUUUUUGAAGAAUAAAAUCGCAAACAGAAGAUAAUCUAUGAAAAAAAAAUAUAUCAAUUCACAAAAAAAUAAAAUAUAUUAUCUCACUUAGUGUAAUACUACUGUACUUAAAACUUUGGCAUGGUCCAGCAAGGAAAAAAUAUUUUUAUUCCAUUUCCAUUGUAUGCUGAUAAGUUAAGCGGUUUUGAAGUCCAAUACAUGGAAGACUUUCAUGAAAGGAAUCCACUUUUUUGAUCUACUUUAAAAGGUGCGACGAAAGAGCUAUUCCCAUUGGAAAGAUCUGAGAGCCUGCUUGAAGUUUGAAGUCCAACGCAUGGAAGACUUUCAUGACAGGAAUCUACUUUUUUGAUCUACUUUAAAAGGUGCGACUAAAAAGCUAUUCCCAUUCGAAAGAUCUGAGAGAAAUUUUUCUAUGUCUGGCCUCAAAACUGUAUUUGUUUUCUUAAAUUUUUCCUAGACCAUGUCUGAACAUGCU